AUUCACAGAGUAAUUGUGUUUUGGAUUUUGCUACUUGACCUUAUUAAAGAUGAAUGAAAAAAAAUUGGAAACAACUCCACAGCAGCGGAAACUUCCAGAAUGGAUGUCUAUGCAGAAUGAGAGAUGUCAUGUAGAAGAAAGAAAGGCAUCUGUUCAGAGGAGUAUUUUUGAAGAUGUUCUCCCCUUCUUAGAGUUCACUGGAUCCAUUGUUUAUAGUUAUGAAGCUAGUGAUUGUUCUUUUCUGUCAGAAGAUAUUAGCAUGAGUCUGUCUUUUGGAGAUGUGGUAGGAUUUGACAUGGAAUGGCCACCAGUAUACACUCCAGGGAAGCAGGGCAGAGUUGCACUGAUUCAGUUAUGUGUGUCAGAGAGCAAAUGUUACUUGUUUCAUAUUUCUUCUAUGGCAGUUUUUCCUCAGGGAUUAAAAAUGUUGCUUGAAAAUGAAGCAAUUAAAAAAGCAGGUGUAGGAAUCCAAGGAGAUCAGUGGAAACUUCUAAAGGACUUUGACAUCAAAUUGAAGAGUUUUGUGGAGCUGACAGAUGUUGCUAAUGACAAGGCUGGUCUCAUCAUUUAUCGAAAAUUAGAGAAUUUAAGUGAUGCUGUGCAAAUGUUUGCUAUAAAAAAAGAGGAAGAAAUGCUAUCUAGUGAUGUGAAGAAACAACUGAUUUCAGUAUCUGAGGAUAUGAUGGAUCUGGCUAAGCGUCUUCCUGACACUUUGAAAAAAUUGGAAGAUCCACAGAGGGUUUCUACACUAUUAAAUGAUAUUUCAGAAAAUCUGUAUUCAUGGAGGAAGAUGAUAUUUGGUUCAACUGAGACUGAACUGAGGCCCAGUGCUAAUUUUCACUUAUCACCAUUGGAAAAUCCAACUGCUGAUGGAGUACAACAGAAACAAAUUAGAGAACAUGAAAGUUUUACUAAAGUUAAAGAUGAGACGUGGGACACAACACUUGAUAUAAUUAAACAUGAUGAGGAAAAUGUACUUGGAAAUGAAGUAAAACAAAGAGAAGAUGGGCUUGAAGAUGUAUUAGAAGAAGACAAUAAGUUGAGAGAGAACACAGAAAGAAUUUGUUUGCACUCAUUAGAUAUUACAGAAUAUGAACUACAGAUUUUGGAGCAGCAGGCUCAGGAAAAAGUUCUUAGUGAUGUUACUUGCAAAUCUCCUGAGGAUUUAUUUUCCAAGGAUAAUGAAGAGGAUGUAUCUUAUGUAAUUGAAAGUGAUGAAGAUUUAGAACUAGAGAUGAUUAAGCACACAUCUUUGAACAAAAUUGUAGGUUCUGUUAAUAAUACUCCUUUUGUGUUUGGUGAAAAAGAUACGACACUGUCAAUGGUUUUGCUUCUAAGGUUUCUUUUAAACUUCCAGUCUUUAGAAAAUCUAAAUAGUGGCACGGCAGAUUCAAUUCAUUCAAAAGGCAUAAAAAUGGACAGAAAUCUGGAUGUUCCUUUUGAAGAUGAUGAAGAUGAGUUUGAAACUAUUAAAGAAGAAGGACAUGAUGAAGACCAUUCAUUACCAGGACCUAAUGAAAUGCAAAUUAAUUUCCUCAAGAAGUACUUUGGCCAUUCAAGUUUUAAACCGGUUCAGUGGAAGGUGAUUCAUUCUGUACUGGAAGAAAGAAGAGAUAAUGUUGUUGUGAUGGCAACUGGAUAUGGAAAGAGUUUGUGCUUCCAGUUCCCACCUGUGUAUGUAGGCAAGAUUGGCCUUGUCAUCUCUCCUCUUAUUUCUUUGAUGGAAGACCAAGUGCUCCAGCUUCAAAUGUCCAACAUUCCAGCUUGUUUUCUGGGAUCAGCACAGUCAAAAAAUGUUCUAGAGGAUAUUAAAUUAGGCAAAUAUCGAAUUGUGUAUGUAACUCCAGAAUUCUGUUCGGGUAACUUGAGCCUACUCCAGCAACUUGAGGCUAAUAUUGGUAUUACACUUAUUGCUGUGGAUGAGGCUCACUGUAUUUCUGAAUGGGGACAUGAUUUCAGGAAUUCAUUCAGGACUUUGGGCUCCCUAAAGAAAGCACUCCCCACGGUUCCAAUUGUUGCAGUCACUGCUACUGCAAGUUCUUCAAUCCGGGAAGACAUUAUACACUGCUUAAAACUGAAGAAUCCUCAGAUUACCUGUACUGGUUUUGAUCGACCAAACUUGUAUUUGGAAGUUGGACGAAAAUCAGGAAACAUCCUUCAGGAUCUAAAGCAAUUUCUUGUCCAAAAGACAAGUUCCACCUGGGAAUUUGAAGGUUCAACUAUCAUCUAUUGUCCUUCCAGAAAAAUGACAGAAGAAGUUACAGCUGAACUUAGGAAGGUGAAGUUAGCCUGUGGAACAUACCAUGCAGGCAUGUGUGUUACUGCAAGGAGAGAGGUUCAUCACAGGUUCAUGAGAGAUGAAAUUCAGUGUGUCGUGGCUACCAUAGCUUUUGGCAUGGGCAUUAAUAAAGCUGACAUUCGCAAGGUCAUUCAUUAUGGCGCUCCUAAGGAAAUGGAAUCCUAUUACCAGGAGAUUGGGAGAGCCGGCCGUGAUGGACUUCAGAGUUCUUGUCAUGUACUCUGGGCUCCAGUAGACAUUCAGUCAAAUAGGAACCUCCUUAGUCAGAUACCCAGUGAAAAGUUUCGAUUAUAUAAACUAAAUAUGGUGGCAAAGAUGGAAAACUAUCUUCUUUCCAGAAGAUGUAGGCGACAAAUCAUCUUGUCUCAUUUUGAAGACAAACAACUGCGAAAGGCCUCUGUGGGUAUUAUGGAAACUGAAAAAUGCUGUGAUAAUUGCAGGUCCAGAUUGGAUCGUUGCUUUUCCAUUGAUGACUCAGAUGAUACCCCACAGGACUUCGGUCCACAGGCAUUCCAGCUAUUAUCUGCUGUGAACAUCUUAGGAGAAAAGUUUGGAAUUGGGCUUCCGAUUUUAUUUCUCCGAGGAUCUAAUUCCCAGCGUCUUGCAGAUCAAUAUCGCAGACAUGAUUUAUUUGGCAAUGGCAAGGAUCACACAGAGAAUUGGUGGAAGGCUUUGUCCCGUCAGCUCAUGACUGAGGGAUUCUUGAUGGAAAUUCCUGGGUCUUCCAAAUUUAUAAGGAUUUGCACUCUUACGAAAAAGGGUAGAGACUGGCUUGAUAAAGCCAAAACAGAAUUUCCUAAGAAACUUAUCCUUCAAGCUAAUGAAGAAUUGUGUCUAACAGAGUUUCCUCAACCAAGUUCUAAAACCGUAUCACUUGGCAUGCAACAGUGUUCCUAUACUCAAGAACCAACUGAAUUAACUGCAGAGAAGCAGUCUAACUUGGAGAAGAUGUAUUCUUACAAAGCAUCUGAUAAAAUUUCUUCUGGCAGUAACAUUCCCAAAAGAAGCAUCAUGGUACAUUCACCAGGAAAAUCUUACAAGUCCUCAGAACCUGUUAUUUCAGCUGAAGAGCAGAAGACUCAGACUAUGCUGUAUAGCAAACUGGUGGAAGCAAGGCAGGAAAAUGCCAAUCAAAAGGGUGUUCCUCCCGCUAUUCUGGCAACAAAUAAGAUACUGCUGGAUAUGGCCAAAAUAAGACCUACUACAGUUGAAAAUGUGAAAAGGAUCGAUGGUGUUUCUGAAGGCAAAGCUCUUAUGUUGGCCCCUCUGUUGGAAGUUAUCAAACAUUUCUGUCAAAAAAAUAGCAUUCAGACAGACCUCUUUCCAAAUACAAAACUUCAGGAAAAACAAGGGAACAGUCUGGUGCCGAAAAAUGGAGCAUGCUCCCUUUCGCAGUCUGUGGCCAUCACGUAUUCUUUAUUCCAAGAAAAGAAGAUGUCUUUGAUGAGGAUAGCUGAGAAUAGGAUUCUGCCUCUCACAGCAGUUGGCAUGCACUUAUCCCAGGCGGUGAGAGCUGGCUGCCCACUUGAUACGGAGCGAGCAGGCCUGACUCCAGAGGUUCAGAAGAUUAUUGCUGAUGUUAUCCGAAACCCUCCCAUCAACUCAGAUAUAAAUAAAAUCAAACUUAUUAGAGCAUUGGUUCCUAAAAACAUUGACACAUACCUUAUCCAUAUGGCAAUUGAGAUCCUGGAAAAAGAUGGUGACAACAGACGGUUAGACCAGCUUUCCUGUGAUUCCACCAGAAAGAGAUGUUUCCCCAACUCUGAAGAGAGCUGUUCAAGUUCUAAGAGAAGCAAGGAAGAAGAAGUAGGUGCUAAUACCAAGAUUUCACUUGUAACCUCAAUGAGAAAAUUACCUGAGUGGUUUGCCAAAGAAAAUGAGACUUCAGCUGAGACCAGCAAGCAAUCAAUGGCCAAAACAAAAAAGAGAGGUCUUUUUAGUUAA